AUGUCGUCAUCCGAAGGUGAAAUUAUUACCAAGCGCCAGGCCGUUAAAAUAAAGCCACGAACGGUAAAAAUCAAACCGCGUCACAACGUAUCCGGUGAAUCCUCCACUGCUUCCGUAUCACAAUCCAAGCGUGUGUUGGAAAACGUAGAGUCACUGGGGAGUUCACAGAGAUCAAAAAACGUUUCAAAAAUGUACGACGACGACGAUAAUUUCUUUACGCGAAAUUCGAACUUUCCUCGAAAAAUCGACACAAAAACUGAAAAGAAUGUGAAGAUUCUCAAGGAACUGGAAGAUAAUACUCAUGAAAAUGAUAAUUUACAAUCCAACGACGAAAUUAGUACUAAACGACCUCGGAAUUCCAAAGGAAAAGGAAAAGCAAAACGGUGGGAUUGGACAUUAUCAGAUGAUCCAAUUAGUUUAGGUGAUUUCAGCGAACACGAAGACCUUUCUGAUUUCUCAGAUGAAAUGGAUAGGAGGAAGAGUAACAAAGGUAAAAAAAACCAUGACAUCCCAGAUCUUGAUCGAGAGCCUUCUUUGACCCCUCCGCCAGAAUUAAAUGAGCAUCAGAUUCAGUCCACGGUCGGUAUGAUACGCGCUACGCUUAUGCAAUACUCGGAAAAACUGAGAUCAGAUGGUAAUGAAAUUGGCUCUCCAGGCAUAUCUUACGAAACGCAAGAUAACACCGAACUGGAUCCCGAACUGUUGGCUAUUCAACAAUCGAUUAAACAAAAUAGUGUAAUAUCAAGUCGGAGCGUCAACGCUAAAGUUGAAAUUAAGGUAACACCAAUACGUCACCCAGAAAUUGAAAUCAACGACGCAAAUAGAAAGGCUAUGGCCGAUUACGAGAAACCAAUCAAAUUUAUCAUCAAGACAGUGAGUAUAAGAUGGGAUGAUAAUUUUGAACAAAUGAUAAAAUGGUUGUGUGAAAAGAAAGGAAUAUGGAAGCAAGACUUGGUAUUGACGUAUAAAAAAGUUAAAGUGUUUCCCCGUAGCACGCCGGAAUCUUUGGGAAUGAUUGGUCAAGUUGUUAUGGAGGCAUAUACGAGGGAUACUUUUAUUUAUAUCAGAGAACGAGAAGCCCUGAACAAACAACGCUUGCUGGAAGAUUUAGAUAAGAGUUCGGAUUUUUCGGAAGAGGGUAGAAUCAAUGACAAUUCGGACGCGUCUGAUAUCAAUUAUGUAAAUGAAGAAGAUUAUAUUCACCUGAAGUUGCGUAGUGAGGAUGAAUCGGUUGAAAAAUUAAAAGUAAAAAAGAGUUUAACAGUGCAGGCGGUCAUCGACCGAUAUAAAAAAAUUAAAAACAUACCGGCAAAUGAAAAAAUGAGACUGUUAUUAGAGGAUGAAACGCUGUCGGUCACGGACAGAUUAGAGGACACUGAUUUGGAAGACGGAGAUAUGCUGUCGGUUGUUCUCAAUUGA